GAAAAGAUCUAACAUCAAACCGAAUGAAUAGAUCAUCCCAUCUUGUCUGAUUUUUAUUUUAUUUUAAAAGUCAACGAAACAUUAUUUUAUUUCUAUUUUUGGGAUCUCUCUCUUUCCACACAGCGAACAACGAACGAUUCAGUUUACCUUUUCUGUUGCAUUCCCGAUCACUUGAGAAGAUCUGCAGCUCCCUCGAUUCAGUUUUAUUUUCUUUCUUAUUUUCGUAGUGUGUUAAUUCGAUUGAGACUAAUCAAAAAUGAGUAUGGUUGAUGCGAUAGACAUGUCUCGCGUUGAUGCCGAUUUGCUUCAGCUACAAGAGAUGUCUUCCUUUGUCCUAACCUCAAAACCCGGAUUCACACAAAGCCUCUUCGACCAGUGGCUCUCCCUUCCCCAAGCUCAUCAACAGAUUGCAACAUUGCUUCAUGAUGCCUUAGCUGGAUCUACUUUGAAUGUUGCAUCUGGUUCGAGUUCUGCCGCCAGCAAUUCUAUACCAUCAAUGUUUCCUGCGGGAAGUGCUGCUCCUCCGCUUUCGCCGAGGAGCUGUGGCUCACCUCGUAUGACGAGGCAGAGAGCUGGUCCUUCUAACUUAGGCUCUUCGCUGAAACCAACAACCUUAGAGCCUGCUAAAGAGCCUAUGCCUCAGUUUUAUUUUCAAAAUGGUCGCCCACCACCAAGUGAGAUGAAAGAGCAAUGUAUGUUUAGAAUCAACCAUUUUUUCUAUGGUCACAUUGAUGGAUUGCAAAUACAAGAGUUCAAGUUAGUCACCAGAGAAAUCUGCAAGCUCCCAUCUUUCUUCUCCACUUCACUUUUCAAGAAGAUCGAUGUCAACAACACUGGUUUUGUUACUAGAGAAGCAUUUAUUGAUUAUUGGGUUAACGGGAACAUGUUGAUAAUGGACACAACUACACAAAUCUUUAAGAUACUAAAGCAGCAAAAUCAUAAUUUCAUUGUCAAGGAUGAUUUCAAACCACUACUUAAAGAACUGUUGGCGACACAUCCUGGGCUAGAGUUCCUGCAAACCACACCUGAGUUCCAAGAAAGAUAUGCUGAAACUGUCACCUACAGAAUAUUCUACUACAUAAAUAGAUCUGGAAAUGGUCGACUUACUUUUAGGGAGCUCAGGAGAGGAAACUUAAUUGAUGCAAUGAUUCAUGCUGACCAAGAAGAAGAUAUCAACAAAGUAUUGAGGUACUUCUCAUAUGAGCAUUUCUAUGUCAUAUACUGCAAGUUCUGGGAGCUGGAUACGGAUCACGAUUUCCUGAUUGACAAAGAAAACCUUAUGAGAUAUGGAAACCAUGCUCUUACUUUCCGGAUUGUCGACAGAAUAUUCUCCCAGGUUGGAAGGAAGUUUACUAGCAAAGUCGAAGGGAAAAUGGGGUAUGAGGAUUUUGUGUAUUUCAUACUUGCUGAAGAAGAUAAAUCUUCAGAGCCUAGCCUUGAAUACUGGUUUAAGUGCAUAGACUUGGAUGGGAAUGGGAUCAUUACGCGAAAUGAGAUGCAGUUCUUUUAUGAGGAGCAGUUGCGUCGAAUGGAGUGUAUGGCGCAAGAGGCUGUUCUUUUUGAGGAUAUCUUAUGUCAGAUGAUUGAUAUGAUCGGACCAGAGAACGAGAGCUAUGUAACGCUCCAUGACCUGAAGGGCUCCAAGCUCUCUGGAAACGUCUUCAACAUCCUGUUUAAUCUUAACAAGUUUAUGGCGUUUGAAACACGGGAUCCAUUCCUCAUCCGUCAGGAGCGGGAGAACCCAACGUUGACAGAGUGGGACCGUUUUGCACAUAGAGAGUACAUACGGCUUUCAAUGGAAGAAGAUGUUGAAGAUGCAUCCAAUGGAAGUGCUGAGGCUUGGGAUGAGUCCCUGGAGUCUCCCUUCUGAGUUCAUAAAAGAAGAUACAAAGUCAUUGCCUCCUCAACAAUGGGAAGUAUCUUUGGAAAUCCUCUAUGUUGAAACUUGAAACGAUAGUUUUGAUUUUCUAUAAUUUCUAUCUAAACUAUACAAUAGUUCUCUAUUUAUUAAUAAUCCUCUAGCUCAUGGGGUUUGUUUUACAUCUUCACUGUGCUGAUGUUUCUAUGUUAUGGAUUUUGUCUAUACUUUGUAGAUGUGUUAAUUUUCAUCAUUUUCCAGUUGUUGAGACAAUGUGGAAACCAACCAAUAAUGCAAUGUUUUUUUUUUGUU